GAGCCCCCACACCAUGAACAGAACCCCGAGGGAUGCCCAGGCCCCAAGCCACCGUGAGUGCUUCCUGCCCUCUGUGGCUCGCACCCCCUCGGUCACCAAGGUCACGCCAGCCAAGAAGAUCACCUUCCUCAAGCGAGGGGAUCCACAGUUUGCUGGGGUCCGCCUGGCCGUUCACCAGCGCGCCUUUAAGACCUUCAGCGCCCUCAUGGACGAGCUCUCCCAGCGCAUGCCUCUCUCCUUUGGGGUGCGCUCUGUCACCACACCCCGGGGCCUGCAUAGCCUCAGCGCCCUGGAGCAGCUGGAAGAUGGAGGCUGCUACCUCUGCUCUGAUAAGAAGCCCCCCAAGACCCCCAGUGGACCAGGCCGGCCACAGGAGAGAAACCCCACUGCUCAGCAGUUGCGGGAUGUCGAAGGCCAGCGUGAAGCCCCAGGAACCUCCUCCUCCAGGAAGAGUCUUAAAACCCCCCGGAGGAUACUGCUGAUGAAGAACACGGACCCUCACCUCCAGCAGACUGUGGUUCUCAGUCACAGGAAUACUAGGAACCUGGCCGCCUUUCUCAGCAAAGCCUCAGAUCUCCUGCGCUUUCCUGUGAAGCAGUUGUACACGACCAGCGGGAAAAAGGUGGACUCGCUGCAGGCCCUGCUGCACAGCCCCUCUGUGCUGGUGUGUGCUGGGCAUGAGGCCUUCAGAACCCCAGCCAUGAAAAAUGCCAGGAGAAGCGAGGCUGAAACUUUAUCUGGGCUGACUUCAAGAAACAAAAACGGGAGCUGGGGGCCAAAGACCAAGCCGAGUGUGAUCCAUUCGCGGUCUCCACCAGGCAACAGGCAACGGCUGCCAGAAAGGCCUAGUCCUAGCAACCCCCCGGUGGGCCCUGCUCCCGACAGGCACCCUCAGGACACGCCAGCUCAGUCGGGCCCACUGGUGGCCGGCGAUGACAUGAAGAAGAAGGUCCGCAUGAAUGAGGACGGCAGCCUGUCCGUGGAGAUGAAAGUCCGCUUCCACCUGGUCGGCGAGGACACGCUCCUAUGGUCCCGGAGGAUGGGCAGGGCCAGCGCCCUCACGGCAGCCAGUGGGGAAGACCCCGUUCUGAGGGAGGUAGACCCCCUCUGCUGUGUGUGGGAGGGCUACCCUUGGGGCUUCUCAGAGCCUGGGGUGUGGGGACCCCGGCCCUGCAGGGUGGGAUGCAGGGAAGCCUUUGGCCGAGGCGGGCAGCCAGGGCCCAAGUAUGAAAUCUGGACGAAUCCCCUGCAUGCCUCCCAGGGAGAGAGAGUGGCAGCUCGGAAGAGGUGGGGACUGGCCCAGCACGUCCGCUGCAGUGGCCUGUGGGGCCACGGGACUGCCGGGAGGGAGAGAUGCAGCCAGGACAGUGCCAGCCCAGCCUCCAGCACCGGCCUCCCCGAGGGCUCGGAGCCAGAGUCCUCCUGCUGCCCCAGGACCCCGGAGGACGGGGUGGACAGUGCCAGCCCCUCUGCCCAGAUAGGGGCUGAGCGGAAAGCUGGAGGGAGCCUGGGUGAGGACCCCGGCCUAUGCAUAGAUGGAGCAGGGCUGGGCGGCCCAGAGCAAGGCGGCCGCCUGACACCCAGGGCCCGGAGUGAGGAGGGGGCUUCUUCGGACUCGUCAGCCAGUACCGGCUCUCAUGAGGGAUCCAGCGAAUGGGGUGGGCGGCCCCAGGGCUGUCCAGGCAAGGCAAGGGCCGAGACCUCUCAGCAGGAGGCCAGCGAGGGAGGCGACCCCGGUUCUCCAGCCCUGAGUCUUUCAUCUUUAAGGAGUGACGACCUGCAGGCAGAGACGCAAGGACAGGGUACCGAGCAGGCCACGGGAGCGGCUGUGACAAGGGAGCCUCUGGUUCUGGGCCUUUCCGGCUCCUGGGACUCGGAAGGAGCCUCUUCCACCCCUUCCACCUGCACUUCAUCCCAGCAGGGGCGGAGAAGGCACAGAAGCCGGGCCAGUGCAAUGUCCUCACCCAGCAGCCCUGGCCUUGGCCGAGUGGCCCCGAGAGGCCAUCCCAGGCAUUCUCACUACCGCAAGGACACCCACAGCCCACUGGACUCCUCUGUAACCAAGCAAGUGCCGAGGCCUCCUGAGCAGCGAAGGGCCUGCCAGGAUGGCUCAGUGCCACGAUAUUCUGGAAGCUCAUCGAGCACCAGGACACAGGCCUCUGGGAACCUGAGACCUCCCUCCUCAGGAUCUCUUCCUUCCCAGGACCUUCUUGGAACCAGCAGUGCCACUGUCACCCCUGCAGGCCACUCGGAUUUUGCUUCUGGAGUCUCCCCGCACAAUGCUCCCUCUGCCGGGUGGGCAGGGGACGCGGGGUCCAGGACAUGCUCGCCGGCCCCCAUACCACCCCACACAUCCGACUCCUGCUCAAAAUCUGGGGCUGCCAGCCUGGGGGAAGAGGCCAGGGACACGCCUCAGCCCUCCUCAGCCUUGGUUCUGCAGGUUGGACGGCCUGAGCAAGGGGCGGUGGGCCCCCACCAAAGCCGCUGCUGCUCACAGCCUGGGACGCAGCCGGCCCAAGAGGCCCAGCGGGGACCCUCCCCUGAGGCUAGCUGGCUGUGUGGCAGGUACUGUCCCACCCCACCCAGGGGGCGGCCCUGCCCCCAGAGGCGCUCUUCCAGCUGUGGGAGCACCGGCAGCAGCCACCAAAGCACUGCCCGGGGGCCAGGUGGGAACCCGCAGGAGGGGACAUGCCAGCCAGGCCCCACGCCACCCCCAGGCCGCAAUUCAGGGGCAUCAAGGAGAAGCAGUGCCAGCCAGGGUGCGGGAUCUGGGGGGCUGUCCCAGGAGAACACCUUGAGGAGUGGGGGAGGCCCCCAGGGGCAGGAGGAGGCCAGUGGUGUGUCACCCAGCUCUCUGCCCCGCUCGUCUCCAGAGGCUGUGGUCCGCGAAUGGCUGGACAACAUUCCAGAAGAGCCCAUACUCAUGACAUAUGAGAUGGCGGACGAGACCACAGCUGCAGCUGGGGGUGGCCUGAGAGGCCCCGAGGUGGACCCUGGGGAUGACCAUUCUCUGGGAGGCCUGGGGGAGCCAGCUGAGGCGAGACAGCAGUCCCUGGAAGGGGACCCCGGCCAGGACCCAGAGCCAGAGGGAGCCCUCCUGGGGAGUAGUGACACUGGUCCCCAAUCAGGAGAGGGUGUCCCCCAAGGGGCAGCUCCAGAGGGAGUUUCCGAGGCCCCUGCAGAGGCCAGAGCAGACAGAGAGGCCCCAGCUGGCUGCAGGGUGAGCCUGCGGGCACUUCCUGGCCGGGUGUCUGCCUCCACGCAGAUCAUGAGGGCGCUGAUGGGCUCCAAGCAGGGCCGGCCCAGCAGCGUGCCCGAAGUGUCUAGGCCCAUGGCCAGGAGGCUCAGCUGCUCAGCCGGGGCCCUCAUUACUUGUCUGGCCAGUCUGCAGUUAUUUGAUGAAGACCUUGGGUCUCCUGCCAGCAAAGUGAGGUUCAAAGACUCCCCUCGGUACCAGGAGCUGCUCAGCAUCUCGAAGGACCUGUGGCCAGGAUGUGACGUUGGGGAGGACCAGCUGGACUCAGGCCUCUGGGAGCUCACAUGGAGCCAGGCUCUGCCAGACCUUGGGUCCCAUGCCAUGACGGAGAACUUCACGCCCACGUCCUCCUCUGGUGUGGACAUCAGCAGCGGCUCUGGAGGCUCAGGGGAGAGCAGCGUACCCUGUGCCAUGGACAGCACCCUGGUGCCACAGGGGACAGAGCUGCCCCUGAAAACCUCCAACCAGAGGCCUGAUUCCAGAACUUCUGAGAGCCCAGGGGAUCUGGAAAACCAACAGCAGUGUUGUUUCCCAACCUUCUUGAACGCCCGAGCCUGCGCUUGUGCCACCAAUGAGGAUGAAGCAGAAAGAGACAGUGAGGAGCAGAGGGCGAGCUCGAACCUGGAGCAGUUAGCUGAAAACACAGUGCAAGAAGAAGAGGUGCAAUUAGAGGAAACUAAAGGAACAGAAGGAGAAGGGCUGCAAGAAGAGGGGGUGCAGUUAGAGGAAACUAAAACAGAAGAAGGGCUGCAAGAAAAGGGGGUGCAGUUAGAGGGAACUAAAGAAACAGAAGAAUGGCUGCAAGAAGAGGGGGUGCAGUUAGAGGAAACUAAAACAGAAGGGCUGCAAGAAGAGGGAGUGCAGUUAGAAGAAACUAAAACAGAAGGGCUGCAAGAAAAGGGGGUGCAAUUAGAGGGAACUAAAAUGGAAGAAGGGCUGCAAGAAGAGGGGGUACAGUUAGAGGGAACUAAAACAGAAGGUCUGCAAGAAGAGGGGGUGCAAUUACAGAAAACUAAAGAAACAAAAGGGCUGCAAGAAGAGGGGGUGCAAUUAGAGGGGACUAAAACAGAAGGGCUGCAAGAGGGGGUGCAAUUAGAGAAAACUAAAACAAAAGGGCUGCAAGAAGAGGGGGUGCAGUUAGAGGGAACUAAAGACACAGAAGGGCUGCAAGAAGAGGGGGUGCAAUUAGAGGGGACUAAAACAAAAGGGCUGCAAGGAGAGGGGGUGCAGUUAGAGGGAACUAAAGAAACAGAAGGGCUGCAAGAAGAGGGGGUGCAAUUAGAGGGGACUAAAACGGAAGGGCUGCAAGAAGAGGGGGUGCAAUUAGAGGGGACUAAAGAAACAGAAGGACUGCAAGAAGAGGAGGCGCAGUUAGAGGAAACUAAAGAAACAGAAGGAGAAGGACAGCAAGAAGAAGAGGCGCAGUUAGAGGAAACUGAAGAAACAGGAGGAGAAGGGCUGCAAGAAGAGGGGGUGCAGUUAGAGGAAGUUAAAGAAGGGCCAGAAGGAGGACUGCAAGGAGAGGCUCUUGAAGAGGGUCUCAAAGAGGAAGGACUUCCAGAAGAAGGAAGCGUCCACGGGCAGGAAUUGUCAGAGGCCAGCUCUCCGGAUGGGAAAGGCUCCCAGGAAGAUGACCCAGUCCAGGAGGAGGAAGCAGGAAGAGCCUCUGCCUCUGCAGAGCCGUGCCCCCCAGAGGGCACAGAGGAACCCACAGAGCCCCCUAGUCAUCCCAGCGAGACGGACCCAAGUGCCAGCGAGAGUCAGAGUGGCUCCCAGCUUGAGCCUGGCUUGGAAAAGCUGCCCGGAGCCACCGUGAUGGGCCAAGAGCACACGCAGGCCCAACCCACCCAGGGGGCUGCAGAGAGGAGCUCUUCAGUGGCCUGCAGAGCAGCUCUGGACUGCGACCCCAUCUGGGUGUCCGUGUUACUGAAGAAGACGGAGAAGGCCUUCCUGGCCCACCUUGCCAGUGCGGUGGCUGAGCUCCGAGCCCGCUGGGGCCUGCAGGACAAUGAUCUGCUGGACCAGAUGGCGGCUGAGCUGCAGCAGGACGUGGCCCAACGCCUCCAGGACAGCACCAAGAGAGAGCUCCAGAAGCUCCAGGGCCGGGCGGGGCGGAUGGUGCUGGAGCCUCCAAGGGAGGCCCUCACCGGGGAGCUGCUCCUGCAGACCCAGCAGCGCAGACACCGUCUCCGGGGCCUGCGAAACCUCUCUGCUUUCUCGGAGCGGACCCUGGGCCUGGGGCCCCUCUCCUUCACCCUGGAGGACGAGCCAGCCCUCGGCACAGCCCUGGGGAGCCAGCUGGGCGAGGAGGCGGAGGGGGAGGAGUUCUGUCCCUGCGAGGCCUGCGUGAGGAAGAAAGUGAGCCCUAUGUCCCCCAAGGCCACAAUGGGGGCAACCAGAGGUCCCAUCAAAGAGGCCUUUGACCUGCAGCAGAUUCUGCAGAGGAAGAGGGGAGAACACACUGAUGGGGAGGCAGCAGAGGUGGCCCCUGGCAAGACCCACAUGGACCCCACGAGCACUAGGACUGUCAAGGGAGCUGAGGGAGGGCUGGGGCCGGGGCUGAGCCAGGGGCCUGGAGUGGACAAGGGUGAAGAUGGCGAGGGGAGCCAGAGACUCAACAGAGACAAAGAUCCCAAACUCAGGGAGGCAGAGGGAGAUGCAAUGGCUCAGGGGAGAGAAGGGAAAACCCACAACAGUGAAACCAGUGCGGGCAGUGAGCUGGGGGAAGCCGAGCAGGAGGGAGAGGGCAUAAGUGAAAGGGGAGAAACUGGGGGUCAAGGAUCUGGGCAUGAGGACAACUUGCAGGGUGAAGCUGCGGCAGGAGGUGACCAAGAUCCAGGACAGAGUGAUGGGGCCGAAGGCAUAGAGGCCCCGGAGGCUGAAGGGGAGGCCCAGCCAGAGUCAGAAGGUGUAGAGGCCCAGGAGGCUGAAGAGGAGGCCCAGCCAGAGUCAGAAGGUGUAGAGGCCCCAGAGGCAGAAGGGGAGGCCCAGCCAGAGUCAGAAGGUGUAGAAGCCCCGGAGGCAGAAAAGGAGGCCCAGCCAGAGACAGAAAGUGUAGAGGCCCUGGAGACUGAAGGGGAGGACCAGCCAGAGUCAGAAGGUGCAGAGGCCCAAGAGGCAGAAGAGGAGGCCCAGGAGGCAGAAGGGGAGGCCCAGCCAGAGUCAGAAGUUAUAGAGUCCCAGGAGGCAGAAGAGGAAGUCCAGCCAGAGUCAGAAGAUGUAGAGGCCCUGGAGGUUGAAGUGGAGACCCAGGAGGCAGAAGGGGAGGCCCAGCCAGAGUCAGAAGGUGUAGAGGCCCAGGAAGCAGAAGAGGAGGCCCAGGAGGCAGAAGGGGAGGCCCAGCCAGAGUCAGAAGGUGUAGAGGCCCAGGAGGCAGAAGAGGAGGCCCAGGAGGCAGAAGGGGAGGCCCAGCCAGAGUCAGAAGUUAUAGAGUCCCAGGAGGCAGAAGAGGAAGUCCAGCCAGAGUCAGAAGAUGUAGAGGCCCUGGAGGUUGAAGUGGAGACCCAGGAGGCAGAAGGGGAGGCCCAGCCAGAGUCAGAAGGUGUAGAAGCCCAGGAGGCAGAAGAGGAGGCCCAGGAGGCAGAAGGGGAGGCCCAGCCAGAGUCAGACGGUGUAGAGGCCCAGGAGGCAGAAGGGGAGGCCCAGGAGGCAGAAGGGGAGGCCCAGCCAGAGUCAGAAGGUUUAGAGGCCCCAGAGGCAGAAGGGGAGGCCCAGCCAGAGUCAGAAGGUGUAAAGACCCCGAAGGCAGAAGGGGAGGCCCAGCCAGAGUCAGAAGGUAUAGAGGCCCCGGAGGCGGAAGGAGAGGCCCAACCAGAGUUAGAAGGUGUAGAGGCCCCGGAGGCUGAAGAGGAGGCCCAGCCAGAGCCAGAAGGUGUAGAGACCCCAGAGGCUGAAGGGGAGGCCCCGCCAGAGUUGGAAGGAGAAACUCAAGGUGAGAAAAAGGGGAGCCCUCAGGUCAGUCUAGGAGAUGGCCAAUCUGAGGAGGCUUCUGAAGGCAGCAGCCCAGUCCCUGAGGACAGGCCCACUCCACCCCCUUCCCCAGGUGGAGACACUCCCCACCAAAGGCCAGGCUCCCAAACAGGCCCUUCCUCCUCCAAAGCAUCCUCUCGGGGCAACUGCUGGCAGAAAGACUCAGAAAAUGACCAUGUACGUGGAGACACAAGGAGCCCUGAUGCCAAGUCCAUGGGGGCCCCUCAUGCAGAGAGGAAGGCCACCAGGAUGUAUCCAGAAAGUUCUACUUCUGAGCAAGAAGAGGCCCCUUUGGGCUCAAGGACUCCAGAGCAGGGGGCCAGUGAAGGCUAUGACGUACAAGAGGACCAGGCACUCGGAAGUCUCGCCCCCACCGUGGCAGUGGGCAGGGCAGACGGCUUUGGCCAAGAUGACUUAGAUUUCUAGACAAGAUCAAGCUACAAAACAAUCACGGGCUUCGGAGCUCUGUUUUUAUUCAUAUUUUUUCUACAAAACUGAGCAACGUUCAGUCCACUGGAGACGUCCACAGUACAUGGACAAAGACCAAGGACUUGCCAAGGACACAGCCCAUGCCAUGCUGUCCUGGGACUCUAAGUCCAGAAGCUUCAGAGAGCUCUGUGGCCCGUCCCACACGCAGUGUGAAGAAAGGGGGGUCUGCGGAUCUGCCCGGUUAUCGGAGGUCAGCCCGGCUCCCAUUUAUUUGUCUGCAGAGCCCGAAAGAUGGAACUGAUUGGAAAGGCUCCAGUUUAGCUUUUGUUUGUGGGUUUGUUUUCUGCUAGCAAGUGUUUCUCUCUGUCUUUUCCCUAUUGAUCUCCUGUUACUUUUCUCCUUGGCUUCUGCUGGCACUCACCUCAUUUGACUUUGAGGUGCUUUUUUUCUAGUCUUGAAUAUAUUUGAUGACUCUGCAGAAAUACUUGGGCAAAGCAGGUAACUUCAGAGUCAUUGGAUAAAGUUUGUUCUCAACCCCAAAGUCCAAGUUGUUUUUCCUUAAUUGAUACUUUUUGUAAUGAAAAAAUGGAAAAUGCAAAAAAACGCAGAAAGGAAGAAAUAAUCCUGUCACUCAGAGACUUCUGUUUGCAGUUGAAUGUAUUUCCUUCUCCUCCUAACCAUUUUACAGUUGAGAUGAUUCUUUAUAUAUAUAUUUACAUAUGUUUUAAAAACUUAACAAUGUAAGGAUUUCCCCUGUUUAUCUCAAAAUCAUCAUAAACCUAUCUCUUAACAUUAUUCAUAAACCUGAAUAAUGUGCCGUUAACGAGUAUAUUGAAUACUUUCUCAUUUUCCUAUUUUUGACCUUUUAGAUGGUUUCCCUUAUUUUGCUUUUAACACUUUUUUUUUUCUUGAACUUCUGAUUAAUUCCUUAGGGUAGACUCCCAGGCAUGGAAUUACCAGGCCAAAGGAUAUCAACAUUUUUAAGGCUUUUGAUAUCCUGCAGCCAAACUGUUUUUUCUAAAGAUCUGUACUCACGGUGAGAGUAUGAUCAGUGUUUGGUGUUGUCAUUAAAACUGAAAAAUCAUUUGCAAAUUUCAUUGGCAAAAAAAUAGUAUCUUAUUUUAAUGCGGUACUAUCUUAGAUAUAUAUUUGAUAACUAAUGAAAUUAAAAUUUUUUCUAGGUUUUAAAAAACUAUUUGAAUGUAAAUGAUGUGUGCAUGCUUUUGACCCAUUUUUCUACUGAGAUCCCAGCUUUUUUUUAUUUUAAUGAAUUGAUUUGCCUGUGCCCUUUAUAAAUUUUUUUAAAUUCUAUUUCUCAUUUGCAAGAUUUUAAAAAUGCCCUCUCUGCACACCCUUCAAAAGCAGGGCUUAGACUGAGCCACAUGCAGGUAGAGAGCUCCUGGAUGGGGUAGAAUGUCUUUGACUGGUUCUCACUGGCUUUCCCGCAUAUACCAGAGCAUUCAUUUUGUGGCAUCCAGAUGUAUUAAAAUGGAGUCUGUGCUACAAUGACAGGUACUGCCCCCAGUUAUCUAAAUGUAUCCACACAAAGCAAAGGUUGGGUAUCUGUUGUCUGUACAUGUCUGCAGUCUUCUAUCUACAAAUGGAGAUGUUAUUUAAAAAUUCUGACAUGUGCCAGGCAUAGUGGCUCACGGCUGUAAUCCCAGCAUUUUGGGAGGCCGAGGCGGGCAGAUCACCUGAGGUCAGGAGUUUGAGACCAGCCUGGCCAACAUGGUGAAACCCCAUCUCUACUAAAAAUACAAAAAUUAGCAGGGCCUGGUGGUGCAUGCCUGUAAUCCCAGCUACUCGGGAGGCUGAGGCAGGAGAAUCACUUGAACCCAGGAGGCGGAGGUUGCACUGAGCCAAGAUUGUGCCACUGCAUUCCAGCCUGGGUGACAGAGUGAGACUCUGUCUCAAAAAAAAAAAAAAAAAAUUGACAUGUUUUAAAAAUGUUCUGCAAAGGUGAUUCCUUAAGGUGUUUACAAUAAAAGCAUAAUUUUAUAUAAA